ACUUGAAAUAUUAUUACAUAAACCAAAUACCAUAUUUAGAAGAAAAACUUAAUUAGGAUCAAAGAGCGGCAUGCUAUGUAAUAUAUUUCUUCGGAAAUCACUUCUAAGAUAUAUUUUAUUACUGCUCAACAUGACGCAUGUGGUGCUAUCUUCACAUCCUCUGUGGACUAUACAAGAUUGUGAUCUACCGACAGGCAUUGACCACCCUGUGGGUCUCCUCAGCGCCAACAUCCUAAACCUGGCCAGAAUGACCUGGGUGAGCGACUCAUUCUGGAUGGAAUAUUCAUGGAACGCGCAGCCUCAGUACGCAUGCGGGCUACAGAACAACGUACUGUAUUUUGUACAGAAGAAACAAUCAGGACCAGAUAAGGGGUUGCACUUCACGUUCACGACGUAUUCGUCCUACAAUGAUUGGAGAAUUAAUCGGGAUAAUCGGGAGAAGGGUGGACAAGAAAUAAUCUGUCCUGGAACCAUCGUGGCGCUGGAUAAAGGUUCUUACGGAUUCGCGUCUUGUGAAAAAGACUACAGCAAGGUGUUGGCUGCAUCACAGGACUGGCGGGCCGGGGUACCGCAGUCCUUCUUCCUAAUCCUACUCGGGGUGGUCUCAGGCCUCAUCCUCCUCGUCGCUGUAGUGGCAAUCGUCGCGCUCAUUAUUUCCAAAAAGAAGUUCACGGGAUUUUUCUCAUUGCACAAUCACAGAUUAGACACAAGUCUGGCCCCACCUGCUACGACAUUUGAGCCACCGAAUAUUUAACCUUUUUAUUAUACGUGAUUUAGUAAACAAUUUCACAAAUAAUGAGCAAAGUCAAUCAUCAUGCCAAAAAAUGCACCAAGUAUUUUGAAAAAAAAAAUAACUUUGUUUUUCUAUUUGUUUAGUCUUUAGGGUUAGAUACAGUGUGUGUUCACUUCGCUCUCAAACUUCAAUUUGACUAUUGAAAACUUAUGUCAUAUUUAAUUAUAUGCCUUUUACUAAUAUACUGCACAACCUGAUGGUUAAAGUAACGAUUGUCCCGCAGCAAAGUUCCCCCGCUAGAAAAAAAAUUAAUUUCUGUAGUUGUAUUUUUUAUACUUUUAUUAAUACACAAAACGCGCGUUUUUCACAAAAGCAUAGCGAAUAACUCUUUGAAUUUUGAAACUGUUUUAGAAUUUUCUGAAGAUUUUGUUAGCACAGGUUAGGUCAAAACUAUACCGCAAUAACAAGAAGCCUACGCUAAUUAACCCAUCCCAGCCUAACCAACUCUCAUGGAAAUAUAGUUUUGAUCAAAAGACAACGAACAAAAUUAAGCCUCUGCUAUCAGGAGGGCAUUAUUAACAAUGAGUUAUAUUUUUGCUAUCAUGUACAUUGAUUCAGUAUUGAUGUAGUAGGGAUUUGAUUAGUGUUUUAAGUAUCGAUCUACGAACAAGCGCUUCGGAAUUUGGCCCAAUCGUGUUGAUGGGGUGUUUCGCAGAUCGUGAAUAAAAGUUUC